ACACACUCUCUCUCUCUCUCUAUCUCUCUCUCUCACACAUUCACACACUCACACACACACACAAAUUGUAUAGCAAUAGCUGAGGUCCUUGAUCUGUUGAUUUAUUUAUAGGUAAAUAUAGAUAAAGCCUAAGAAUGACCUGGGAUUUUGGUACUUAGAAUACACCAAUGCUUUGUCAUUUAAUUUGCCCCAACUAAAUUUUAAUGAAGAAAAUUUCCCAUCUCAAUUUUCCAUAAAAUAAUGUUCUCAAGUCACGGAUGGUUUUCGAUAUUCUUUUAUUUUUGUUUUGAUAUUUUUGUUUUAAAUGUGUUAUAUAUUUAUAUAUUGUGUCUCAGUAUGUAAUGUUCUAAUCUUGUAGUUAUUUUGCCUCUGCACUAUUCGUGACAACUAUAAGUUCUGACUUGAUAUAAGAUUGUGUUAUGUGUGUUUGAGUAAAGCUUAUUUUAACCCAACAUGCAUCAUUAAACAUGCAACACUUUCCUUUCAUAAAUCAAACUGUUCUUUCAUAAAGCUAACUGUUCUUUUGCUGUGAACAGGUAUGCCUGCAGAGCAGAAAAGACAGCAUGUGUGUUUUUGUGUUUUGUUCUGUUUUGGCGGGCUUGAAAUUUGUUAGGUGGGAAUGUUACAUGGUCAGUAAGGAAAGAUACACAUUUGUUCAUGGUUGUCCCAAACAAGCUACCUUCCUCCCUGAGAUUCCUACAGGCAACAUGGUAUUGUUUACAUUUAGUGUCUUCCUUGUCCUGUACUUUUCAACUUGGUGUCAAGUUUGCUUUAAAAUUGCAAUAUAAGUUAUUUUUGUUUUACAUCAGGAAAUAUAUACAGUAUAUAAAUCUUUAGAUUAAAAGGCCAAUACAGCAUUCAUAGCAUUGCAAUAACAGGUGAAGCACAUAGUGGAGUCUAUGGUCUAUUUGCGUGCGUGUCCAAAGCAUAAAGAGAAGGAAAUCUGGUGUUAAGGCCCUGCUAUAUGACAUCCGCCUUCGAGACGGAUCAGUUCUAUUGCACUAAACUUUCUAACGCUAAACUAUGUCAUUACCAGUCAAGCCAUAAUAUGUUUCAGUGUAUAAUUGAUAAAAAUGUGUCGUGUCUCCUAGUGCCCUUGAGAAGUAUUGUAUUAGUUGGUAAGACAGGUACUGGGAAGAGCUCCUCUGGAAAUACCAUCCUGGGCAAGAAAGUCUUCAAAGCUGCCACAAGCAGCUCUUCUGUCACCAGCACCUGCGUGAAGGAGACAGGAGAUGUGGGCGGAAGGCAACUAGUUCUGGUGGAUACUCCUGGGCUGUUUGACACACAUCUUCCUGAGAGCGAAUGGUGGUCUGUCACACUCCUUCUAGCCAAUGUCGCCAUUCCUCGAACACGAGUUUCAUUGCUAGGAGCUCUUGGUCACCGACUCUGUAAUUCCUCUCUGCUAGACUCAAUUUCUGUGAAAAGUAGGCUAUGCGCCUCAGUCUCUCUACCUUUCCCGUGUAUCCCGUGUCCUUCCUUCUGGAUGAUCGGCCAACUGGAGGCAGUUUAUGAGUUUCUGCAGCUACUGGGGGUCAGGCGCUUGCAGGACACCUGGAUUGUCUUCACUGGGGGAGAUGAACUGGACAGAGAUGAGCAGUCAAUAGAGGAGUUCAUCAGUGGGACAGUCCACCUCAAAAGAGUUGUUCAGACAUUUAAUAACAGGCAGCAUGUGUUCAACAACAACAACCCACAAGAUAGAAAUCAAGUAAAAACAUUGAGUGAGAAAAGUGAAGCGUGAGUGUGUUUAGAUCAUUCUCUUUAUCUGCACUGUUGUCUGGUCCGCUUUGUUUUAAUGUGUCACUAGAGUGGCACAGUGCUUGUUUUGAUUUUUUAUUAUUUUUUUUAGACAGCUCAAUCUGUUUAGUUAAUUCAGUUCUCAUAUGAUGUCUGCUCUAAUCAGAAGAAAUAUAAGUGUAAUACGAAUUAUUUUAUACAUACAUUUCCAUAUGUUCUUUGCAUAUUUUGUGGUAUAGCCUCAAAAAGAGCUUGAGUCCAGUAAUCAUGUGGCAUCUACAGAUUGUCUCUAAUAUUUACAUGUACAUUACUCUAGAGGUGUUCAGAUUUUUUUCUUUAUUGCGGAGAUGCCUCUUUUUGGAUUAGAGCCUCUAUUCAGCAGUCUACGAGGUAAACCUUCUGUCAUAAAUCCCCAUCCAUAUUCUGGCUCUAUCAGUGUCAGAAGUGUGGACAAAGAGCUGCAAGGUGUGGGUCAGUGUGAGAACCUUUAAUUAGUCAUAAUUAAUUAAUUAAGGCAUUUUAAUAAUAAUGGACAUUGCAUCUAUUUAUCUUGCCAAUUGUUGCUAUGGCAGCAAUGAAAUUGGAGAACUCAGAGAAAAAGAACUGAUCUACACUCUUUGAACUUCAGAACCCCAUGGAUUGAAUGUUAUGAUUUAAACAUAUAUUUUUUUUCAUAUAUAAAUGGGUUCCACCUCCUACAAAUUCAGAAGUCCUUUUCUUGCACAGCUGAUGAAGGACCUCUGUCCGAAACAUGCUGAAACUUUGUGUAAUUCACUAUAAUUCUGAAUAUCUCUGUUUUGUACUACAAUCCACUGCAGUUUCUCACCUCAUUACAUACAAUCUCUAUAUACAUACAUGUCCCACUGAUGCUUUAUUUUGGAUUAAACUUCAGUACUUUAUGAACCAUAGAGCUUUUCUUAUAUUGCAGUUCAUGAAGGUUCAUCCUCCAGUGAGAAAUGUGUUAUCUCUUAAAAAAUAACAGAGUGGUAGGAACCAAUAUAAUUAGAGUCCCAAGGUUUUACUGUUCCAAUGUAGCAGUUCAGGUCAUGUGAAUUUUAAUGAGUGAAAAUCUACUAUAAAUUAUAAAUGACCUCAAAGAGGGAACCUGUUACAUUUACUUGGCUCUCUUUCAGACCUGCAUAGUCAUGACAUGACUAUAGACCUUUCCAUCAUUUUCCAUCAUUUGAACUUGCGUCCCCCUCUUCAUUUUGUUUUUUGAACCUGUGCCCGCCCCAACCUCAACUCUGAAUAUUUAAGAUUGAGUGUGAAUAGGAUGCAUUUACAUAGGUAGCCAACAUAGUCAGUGAGAUGAUAAUCAAAUGUUCCUGUUUUAUAAGAAGGCAAUUUAGCAUAUUCUAGUUGAAAGGUAAUGAAUAUCUUAAGAUUACUUGAGGAACAGUUUCACUGCUGUUUAAAUUAUUAUUCUCAUUUGAGUUUUGAGUAUUUUAAAAAUUUGAUUGUGUCCCCUCUGCCCCCUUAACCCAUCAGACCAGAUAGCAUCUUCACUCCUAUAAGAUAAGUGCCACAUUAAAGCACUAGAGAGGAAUUAUAACCACCAUAUUGGUCUGGUUACUGCAGUCGCACAGGCUUCCAGAUGUGAGUUAGAACACUCUGGAAUGGCCCAUACCAAUGCACUGAAUAUGAACAUAUGUCCGAAUGUAAUGGACAAGCACCAUGUUCAGAUUUAGCCUUUAUUUAAAAUCUUCCCACAGGUUGCAGUUAUUCCUCUAUAUAAUUUCAUCUGUUUAUUGUUAGAUUUUUGCAUGGCAGUGCAUGGAUUUUUUCUUGCCUGACUGAUUAUUUUCCCUUUAUUGCAGUAUUACCCUAUUUUAUGAUCAGAGACCAAGUACGAGCAAAAGCUUCUGUGAGAGAACCAAAAUAUGGAUGGGGAAUAAUCAGUGCUGAAAGUGUAGGCAGGGUGAAAGGUGAGAACCUGUAAUUACAGCAUAUCAAUAUAUUUUCACUAAAUGAAUGUAACUAAUGGGAAACAUUGAGUCCAACAUUUAUUUUAUAAUAUUGUAUGAUGGAAGACCCAUCAUGUAGCAGAUAAAGUAAUAUAUGUAGAAAUACAUGCAUAUGUACAUCCUGGAGAAGAUCAUGCUUUCCACUGGU